CUCAAUUGUUAUUUUAGAGCGACUCAAACUCGGCAGAUGCUGAACCUACUCAAGUGAAAGACGAGGUCAAUCACCUUGAAGGUGAUAAUAUAAAUGAGAGAUCUCCAGAGGAACCAGAGACAACUAAUCUCGGACAUAAUUUGAACAACUCAAUGGCCCUCCCACAAGUAGUAAAAGCUCCUAACUUCCCUAAGAAAAUAAGGAGAAAGAAUCAUGCAAGUACGAAUAGGUCAUCUCCUAAGAAUAAUCGAUACAUUACUUACUCAGAGAAAAGGCCACAGCUGAAUUCUAGUAUGUUUAAUAAUAGGCCUGCUUUUAACAGUAAUUUUUCAUCAAGAAACUCCAUGGCCAAGAGAUACAGACGGAGGUUGUUCAACACCGGUGCUCAAGUCACCCAAGAUUUUAACCCAAAUACAGUCUACGAUGGCAUAGAAGACAUCGAAAUCGCCUUAGAAGAACUAGAGGCUAACGUUGAUAAUCUAGAUGAAUCUGGCCUAAACGAAGUUGAAAGUGAAGAACUUGAUACCCAUAUAGAACUCCUAAUGCAAAAUAAUAAAUAAACUUGUCAAGAAAGUGAAUAUCUGUGCUGAGAUUGUAGCAAAAGGCAUUUCCAAAGCUGCUAACCUCAAAAGCAUGAAACCGAUAACUCGCACAAACCAGACAGAUGCUGACUUAAGGCAGAAAAAGCGAACUCUUGCAAAGAUAUAUUCUGCUAUCGAAGUAGAGAAAUAAAAAGGUCAAGAAUUUACAAAAUGAAUUUGAGCUAAUAUGAAGUUCAUCAUUAACAGACCAAAACAAAAUGUUUGAGCUCAUGAAUGAGAGAAGAUACUUGGAAAGUGAGACUACCGAGAUGCAGGCACAAGCAGACUUUUUGAAGCACCAACUACAAGAGAUGAAAAAGUUUGAGCAUGGCGAAGUGAACAAGGAAAAAGUCAAGGAAGUUAAGCACCAGAUGGGUGUAGAGUUUAAAACAUUUAAAAAUGACAAGCAUGAGAGGGACAAAGAAUUUCAUGACAUCCAGCUUAAGAAUCAAGCUUUAGGAUCUGAAAUAGCAGAUAUUCAGUCAGAGAUCAGAACUUUACGGAUGAACAAGAACCUGAUUCUUCAAAACAAGCUUACUUCAAAUAACUUAGAGCCAGAAUCUGAUAAAUAAGUUGCAAGAGCUAAUACAGAAGAAAGAAACAGUGGAGUAUAUAAUAAAAACUAAUAAUAAACUUCACACAAAGUCUAUGAAAGCUAAGACAGGUAAAAUUACUGAACUUGAGAGUAAGAUUUCUCAAGUCAGCCAAACCCUGCUUCAAAUCGACGAAAUCAAUGGGAAACUUUCUAGUGAACUGAAGGCCUUGUCUAAGAUGUCAACUUCGCUUCAAAGAAAGAAGAUGACUAGGUCGAGUCAGAGGUCUAGCCAGAAGUCGAAAGAGGUCACCACUAGAAAUAUAGCGGUAGAUGAAGAGCUCCAAGCAGAUUUUUAUCAAAAUAAUUUGGAGAUUUAG